AUGCUCUCCGCCUUCACGGCCCGGCCCAUCAUUGAGCUCCGGCCGAAGGACAAAUUCAAGAUUGAGAGCAUACAGACACACAGUGACCGCAUCUUUGUCGGCCUCAGCACAGGCAAUCUGAAAAUCUAUCGCCUCACCAACGUCACGAAUGGCAACGGCAAUGGCAACGGCGCAACGGCAGCCACAACACAGCCUCCAGCGAAACCAACCGAGCUCCUACGUGAAGUUGAAAAGUUCUCCACACGCGCCAUAGAGCAACUCGCCAUUAUCAAAGAAGCCAACACGCUCGUAUCCCUAUCCAACUACGCCGUCUCCCUGCAUGACCUCAAUAACUUCCGUCCGAUCGAAGCGCCGCUAGCCAAGACCAAGAACGCUACUUGCUUCGCCGUGACCAGCAAUGUCGUCGAGGACCCCCAGACCGGCAUCCCCGAGUUCAUCUCCCGGCUCGCCGUUGCCGUCAAGCGCCGCUUGUUACUGUACAGCUGGCACACCUCGGAGCUCAGCGGCGAUGUCGAAGAGGUCGUACUCCCUGAGGCCAUCCGUACUCUGACCUGGUCAUCCGCGACUAAUAUCAUCGUCGGAAUGAAUUCUGGUUACGCCCUCGUCGAUGUCGUGACCAAGGAGACGACCGAGAUCAUAGCUGGCGGCGGCCAGGGCGAGCCAGGCAGCCGCCUUGGUGCCUACAGCAUGGGAUACAUGGGGCUCGGCGGCUAUAUGCCGAAGCCGCUGGCCGCCCGGCUGGGUGAUGGCGAGAUGCUACUUGCCAAGGAUAUCAACACUGUUUUCGUCACAUCCGAAGGCAAGGUGUUGGAGCACAAGCGUCAGGUACCGUGGCAGAGUGCCCCCGAGAGCAUUGGAUACAGCUACCCGUACCUGAUCGCGCUGCUGCCGCCAGCCAAGGGGAGCCUGGAGGUGCGAAAUCCGGAUACCUUGAGCCUGCUGCAGACCAUCAACCUGCCGGGUGCCGCAGGGCUACACUUCCCACCGCCAAAUGUCAGUCUUGCGCAUGGUGGCAAGGGGUUCCACAUCAGCAGUGACAGGUGUGUAUGGAAGAUGGACGCAACGGACUACGAUACUCAGGUUGAUGAGCUUAUCAAGGCUGGGAAAUAUGAUGAGGCCAUUAGCAUACUAAACAUGCUGGAGGAUGCCUUGUUGCGGAACAAGACAGAGGUCUUGCGCGAGGUCAAAAUGUUGAAAGCAGAAUCGCUGUUCCGGAUGAAGAAGUUCCAGCAGAGCAUGGAUUUAUUCAACGAGGAGGAUGUCCAUGCGCCACCCGAAAGGGUUCUGCGGCUGUUCCCUCCUGUCAUCGCUGGAGAAUUAUCUGCAGUCCCGGCCUCUGAUGAUGAUGGAAAAGCAGUCGAGGAAGAGGAAGCUGAGGCCAAUGGCAGCAGUGAUGGACAUAAGGAAGAAAAGGACCAGAAGCCAGAACCGGAACAAGCAACACAAGCAAAGACAGGUGGUUUCACGAAUAGAUUAUGGGGACUUGGUCACGGCCUCACGCACAAGAAACCAGACUCGGAUGCAGCAUCCGUCGCUUCAUCCAAGAAACCGACAAAAGACGAUCAUCCAGAUGACGACAACAGCAGCAGUAGUGACAAGGGCAAGUCGUCAAUCGCAGACAGUGGUAUGCUGGAGGGGAAAGACCUAAUGGACGCCGUCCUCGAGCUGAAUGGCUAUCUGGCUGGCGCUCGUGCCCGGCUCCAACGUGUCAUCGACCCGACCACCGGCAAGCUCAAGCCGCGCAACUCGACGGACCACACAGCAGACAGCCUCCUGAGCGGCGAGCACAAGUCUGAAUCGGAAGAGCAGUUAGAGAAGGACCUGCAGGCUACUUUUCGGCUGGUCGACACGACACUCUUCCGGGCUUUCAUGUACUCACGACCGGCGCUGGCAGGAAGUUUGUUCCGGAUUCCCAACUGUUGCGACCCGGAUGUGGUCAACGCCAAACUGUUAGAGCAGAACCGCUACAACGAGCUCGUCGACUUCUUUUACGGCAAACGGCUGCACAGGCAGGCGCUGGAGCUGCUGAAGAAGUUUGGCAAUGGAGAUGCCCCCAGCGAUGUCGCUGCCAACCUGCAUGGACCCGAGCGUACGGUGCGGUACCUGCAAAAUCUGCCACCCGAGAUGAUCGACCUGAUCCUCGAGUUUUCCGAGUGGACUUUGCGUGCAGACCCUGAAUUGGGGAUGGAAAUCUUUUUGGCCGAUACAGAAAAUGCCGAGACCCUGCCGAGGCACAAGGUUGUGGACUUCUUGGCGAGAAUUGAUGUUGAACUCGAAGUGAGGUAUCUGGAUCACAUCAUCACUGAGCUCAACGAUAUGACGCCCGACUUUCACAACCGGUUGGUCGACAUACUGAUCCGACACCUGAAGACAAAAGAGAGGGGCAAUCAGUGGGAUGAGAUGAUGCAGAGGCUGUUGAGGUUUCUGGAUAGUAGCAGACAGUAUGCUGUUAUGAGGGCUUAUACUGCUAUUAAAGAUGAUCCUGCGUUUUACGAGGCACAAAUCAUUGUGCUGAGGCUCAUGGAUCAACACCGUGAAGCCUUGAGGAUAUGCGUCUUCAAGAUGGAGGACUAUGCAAGAGCUGAAGAAUAUUGCAACCGUGUACAUAAACUGGAAUCGGAAGCAGCAGAACCCUCCUCGCCGAGGACGGCGGCGGUGGACGAUCAGGAAAAGAACGAGCCUUCAAUCUACCAUACCCUCCUCUCAUUAUACCUCGACCCACCACGUCAAAUGUCAGACCCAGCACCGUCGCCAAAGCUUGGACCGGCCCUAGAACUGCUAUCUAAACACGGCUCUCGCCUCCCGGCCUCUUCGUCGCUGUCACUGAUCCCGGAUUCCCUCCCCAUCUCAGAGCUCAAGGCAUACUUCCGCGGCCAGAUCCGGUCGGCCAACAGCGUUCUCAAUGAGGGCAAGGUGGUGGCCAAGCUGCGCGAGACGGCCAUGGUUGCCGCGCAGUCUAAGCUGCUCCUUGGCGAGGACGGGAGUGGCGGGCGUAACCGGCGGGUUUUGGUCUCGGAGGAGAGGGUUUGUGGGACAUGCCACAAGCGGCUGGGUGGAAGCGUCGUCGCGGUCAUGCCGGACAAUGCAGUCGUGCACUAUGGCUGCCUGGGUAGAGCGGCGAGUGGUUCAAGCAUGGGGAGUGGGUUCGGUGGUAGAGAUGCCAGAGGACCGAGCUGGGGGCGUGUUGGUGGACAUUGA